UCCGUGGAGCGGUAUAUAAUCUAUGUGCAGCUCUGCACGGCAGCUGCAGGGCCGCGUCGCACAUGUUUAACGGAAGAAGCCGGAUAAAGCUUGUGAAACAAAGCUACGGGAAAUGAGUCUCUGAGCAGCAGAAGAAACAGAACACAGACUCUUCUUCUUCUUCUUCUUCUUCUUCUUCUUCUGGUAGCUGGAGGAGGACGCCGGACAGCCUUCAUCACCAGGACAUUAUCCUCAAAAUGGAUCUUCAUGAUAAAGAAAUUAUCCCUGGAGAGAUUUUACCUGUGGUGAUCAUCGGUAACGGCCCCUCUGGGAUCUGUCUGUCAUACCUGCUGUCGGGCCACACCCCCUACCUGUCGCCCGAGGCAUCGCACCCCAACCCCCUGCUGCACAGCAAGCUGGGAGAGCAGCCUCACCUGUCGCUGCUGGAGCAGGAUCUGGAGUAUCUGUGCGAGGGUUUGGAGGGGCGGUCGUCCAAUCCCGUGGCCGUGCUCUUUGACUCGCUGCUGCUCCCCAACAGCGACUUCGGGUUGGAGCACACUUCUCCGCUGGAAUGGAGAUACGAGCCGGAGCACGCCGUCCCUCACCUGGUGCUGGGGAAGGGUCCGCCCGGGGGAGCUUGGCAUGCAAUGGAGGGCUCCAUGCUAACGCUGAGCCUGGCUAACUGGAUGGAGCUCCCCGGGCUCAAACUGAAAGACUGGAUGAGAGAGAAACGCAGAAAUGUUCGAAAUGACCGCGCCACCCCAGCAGAGAUAGCCUCGUACUACCAGCACUACGUUUCCCAGAUGUCCCUGGAGCAGAGCUUCGCCUGCGGAACCACUGUCACCGCGGUAACCAGGCAGCCUGGCAACCAGGAGGGGUCGCCGCCCUGCUGGAGGGUGACGGGACUGCAGCGCAGAGAGGGCGAGGAGCUCGGCGAUGGCUCUGCCGUCUCCGACGAGGUGCCUUUCUCCCUGCUGGCCCACAGCGUGGUGCUGGCGACGGGGACUCACGACAUCCCGGCCAGGCUCGACGUGGAGGGCGAGUCGCUGCCCUACGUCUGCCACUCUUUCUGGGAGCUGGAGGAGGCCAUCUCCCGCGGCGAGCUCGACAAAUCGUCAGACCCCGUGCUGGUGGUGGGGGCGGGGCUUACGGCGGCCGACGCAGUACUGACCGCCCACCAUCUCAACACGCCCGUCUACCACGCCUUCAGGCGCUCCGUCAACGACCCCGGCCUCAUCUUCAACCAGCUGCCCAAACUGCUCUACCCAGAGUACCACAAGGUUCACCAGAUGAUGACUCAGCAGCAGUACCAGCUGAGACCGCCACCGCAGAACCACGCCCAGAACCUCCAGGACCCGUCGUCCCUCCCCCCCUCCUCCUACCCGGGGUACCUCAGCUUCCCACGCUACAGGGUCGUGGCGUUCAGACCCGACCAGAAGUGCGUCCUGGAGUCGGACUCUGGCGAGCGCACGGUGGUCCAGAUCUCCAAGGCACUGGUUCUGAUCGGUGCCCACCCCAACCUCUCCUUUCUGGGGGACAAUGGCCGUGCGCUCAGCGUCAAUCCCGAGGAGCCGAUCACGUGCCGGAGGAACCCGGUUGAAGUGGAUCCGUUCACAAACAAGGUGGUGGCGGCAGACGGGCCGGGCAUGUACGCCAUGGGGCCGCUAGUCGGCGAGAACUUUGUCAGGUUCCUGAAAGGAGGAGCGCUGGCUAUCGCGAGCGACCUCGCCAAGAUGCAGCGGGGGGAGGGAGACCGGGGUUUGACUACAGACCGACAGAAGCAGCAGUUUGUGUAAGGGACUCGAAGUAGGGAAAUCGAACACGCUGCUAAGUUGUUUCAAGGCAACACUUUUCAGACUGGACUCGCUCAGAGUCUGACGUCUGAGAAGAUCCUGUAGAUCUGGUUGGACAGAAGAAGAGAAGAAAUGAGAAAUGCUCCUCCAGAAGUCCAGGUCAGUCGUGUGGAAGUUGGACACUGAAGGACGUUAGGGUGCGUUCAGGUCAAACUAAAAAGCUUGAAAUCUAAAUGUUUAGGAAGGUCGUGAACUCCACCGUCACUUUGUGUCACUUUCCCACGGACAAAACCCUAAAGCCCGGCUUCUGUCUUCAGUUAGGUAACGAUCUGCAUUUAUUACCGAGACAAAUGGUUUUAAUAAUAAAUACAAUUAUGUUUGGGAUAAUUAUAAUAAUUUAUUAACGUACAAAACUCAUUUAAUGUGCUCUCCUCAAAGCCACUAGACUCAUUGAUUGACGAGUCAUUUUUUAAAACUAUAACAUCUAAACCGUCUUUUGUUGUUGAAUUAACCCCCAGAACAUUUUCACUGAUGUCGCUGCUUUACGUGUUUGUGACGUAAACACACAGAAAGGUAAACUCGUCUACUGGCAGUGUUUAAAAACCUGCAUAUCUGCACACAUUUAGUGGAACAGGGUGAAGAGUCUGACCAAUACUGGAUGUUCGAGGCUGAUCGGAGUAUUUCUAUUGGCCGAUACUGGUUUUUUCUUUUUACUUAAAGGCACAGUGAGUAGGCUUCGUCGGUUGACCCCUCCUCCGCACAACGAGGGGUUCGGUGCUCGGCAGCCGCAGAGUCGCUCUCGUUUUGGAGCGAGAGGUGUUCCUCCUCGCUUUUAUUUGCGGGUUUUUCCCGGCGCUGUGUCCGCCAUUUGCGUAGCUUCCUCUUGGAUGAUGGACGUUUAAGUUCUGGCGCCAACACUUGUACUGGGUAAUAAGUGAUUGAGAUGGAUUGUUUUUUAAUGGGUUAGGGCUGCAACUCAUUUUCAUUAUUUAUUAAUCUGCAGAUUCAGUCUAUAAAAUGUCUUCCAGUUUCUCAAAGACUUUAAAUGUCUUGUUUUGUCAGUGCAAAACCCAAAACAUUCAUUUUAAUAUGAUAUAAAACGAUAUUUAUUUUUUGAGUCUAUAAAUAGUGUUUUUAAGAAAGUCCUACUCAUUGUGCCUUUUUGUUUUUUAAACGCAUUCGGUUAUUAAAGAUUGGGACUGUACUGAGCGGCACAAAGAUACUUUCUGUCGGCGCCCUCUAGUGGUCAAACGGUGUAAUGCAGAAACCUCAAAUCUCUAUAUUUAUAAUUUCUGUAAAAGCAGUUUCUGUUACCUCAUGUGUGUGAUCAUUUAAAAUCCUCUACAGUUCAACAACAUCAUGGACCAGGUUUAUAGUAAAUACUGCACAUACAUUGUACUUUCCAAACACGACUUUUAAAAUGUAAAUAUGACCAUUUUCAAACUUAAGUUAACGAGGACCGACAGAAACGUGCGGAUGUGAGAAGGAAGGCAGAAAGAGGAGAUUUAAAGACGAAGAAAUGUAUUAAAAUACAAUCCUGUCACUUCCUGGUUCAAGUUCAUCUGCAUCACGUGACCAAAGCAGCCUCGUUUGUUACAUGUUUCGUGGUUUUAUCUUCAACACUACACUGUCAGUUUUCCACAAGAACGAUUUUAUCAUUCUCCACGUAUGUGUUUGUAUAUUAUGGGUUUUAUGAAUCUAUGGUGCUUUAUUUUUCUAUUUUAUAGUCAUGUAACAGGCAACUGUACCUACUUGAUAUCUUUGUACAUUUCAUGAUUCUGAAAAGGUUUUAUACUUAACAAAAGAGAAACGCCUAUAUUUUUUCUAUAAUUCCUCACAUUGAAAAUGUUCUAAUAUUAAUAUAACGUUGAAUGAAUGACGGAUAACCAGCACUUAUGUAUCUUGUAAUAAUAACACAAGUUCUCUUAUGGGUUUUGGUUUUAAAAGAAGUCACCAGAAAAAUAAUGCAAAUUGGAAUCAUGUGGAUUUCGGCUCUAAAAUGAAUUUUCUCAGUAUAAAUUAGAUUCUUCUGCUGCUUCAUGAAGUAUUUAUUUAAGAAUGAUCACCACAAACUUCAGUUUCUGGUUUGUGUAAUCUGGAUGAGACGAGUUGAUCCUGAACAAAUGUUUGGAAGUAAUUCAUGAAUGAAUUCUUUAUUCUGCAUUGCAGGAUAAUCCAUUAAUUCACUUCCCGCGUGCUUUACCUUUGUCGUUAGUCAAAGCAAAUCAUUUAAAUAUUAUGCUUUAAAAAUAAUAAUCGAAUCUAUUUUUUUAAGGUAAUGUUUUGCAUGCAUUUAAUGCACGUUGAGUUUGUGUGUAAAAUAUAUCUUCGUUUCAUUAAGCACUUACCCUGAAUCCUGUAAAACUAAAAUCACCUGCAGAAAGUUUUACCUGCUUUUAAAAAUGUAUAUCUCACGAUUUAUAACCGUUAUGAAUAAUGAGAAAAAUUAAUAUAAAAGUAAAUUACUCGAACAGGAAGACAAUAGUUUAUUUAUUAUUUUCAAAAUAAGAUUCCCGUUUUCUUUUAAUUUGUUUGAUUUCAAAUGUAACAUUGGCUCAUUGUAUAUUUAUCUCAAACUGUUUCCCACUAAACGCAUCUUUAAAAACGAGUCACACACAUCUGUCGUUUCCAGAACGAUGAAACGAGUUCUCAGGACAUUUUUUAGGGACUAUUUUCUGCGGCGGAUGAAUCCACAUUUGGUGCUGUAGUGAGUAUUUGUGGCAGCAAUGAUUCUGUUCAUUGUCCAUUAAUCUGUUGAUGAUUUUCUCUUAUUAGUUUGUCUUUUUAAAUAAUAAUAAUUAUAAAAAUCUUUAUUUAUUGAGAACUUUUCAUGCAAGAGAUGCAGCUCAAAGUGCUUCACAAAGAAAUUAAAAUAAAACACAUUUAAAGGAGCAAACGGAUGCUGAAAUAAAUAUGCACAGACUAUUAAAUAUAUAAAUAUUGAGACCUAGUAAAGAACAAUUAAAAUGACAUUAAUUCUAAAAUAAAUAUUUAAUAAUAAAUAGAUAACUCGUUAAAAAACAUUUAAUAAAAUAAAUCAGGAAAUCGUUUUAAAAUGUUCCUAAAGUCCAAGAUGACGUCCUCAAAUGUAAGAUCUUCAGUUUCCCUUCAGACGAGAAACCAGAAAAUCAUUUUUACAUAAAUCGAAUAUUAAAAUAGUUUACAAUUAAUCUUUUUAUUAGUUUAAUUAAUCAACUAGUUGUUUGGUCUACACAGUGAAAAUGUCCAGUCCAACAAUAAAAGAUUGAGAUUAUUAUCAGACUCGAUUAAUUACCAUCAAAAAUAGAUUCUUAUAAGUCGAUUAAAUAAUAAUUAGCUUAUUGUUUCAACUCAACCAAAGGCAGGUUUUGGUGUUUUUAUAUGUUGAUAAAGUCACCUUUUUAAAAUGAACAUCCUGCAUAUUUAUUAUUUCCUCUGUUUAUUUGAGGGUUAAUAGUUUUCAGAGAUUCAACACUUUCUGCCUGAACGCCGUCAGAGCUGCUCACCAGGAGCCGCGGUGCCUUAACACACAGUUCACAUCGUUCACAGGGAUGUUUUGUUUCUCUGCAGACAGAAAACGCUUUUGUGAGGCAGUAAAAACUGUUUCCAACACUUGUUUGUAUGAAUGGAGUGAUUUUAUAUAUGAUUUAUAACACGUUCUGUAUCGACACUCAAAUCUACGUUUUCCAUUUGUCUGGGUUUCUAUUAAAAGGAACAUUUUCAGCAAA